CGCUGAUCUUGGUUGUCAGAGCUUCCAGUGUGCAGCUUUCUGGUGCCAGCCUCAUGCUGGGGGACUCUCUGAAGCUGUGCAAGCUGCCUGCAUGGCAGCUCCAAUACCACCAGGCUGCUCGAGUGAGUGAGUUACCGCCCCGGAAAUGACGUGAUGCCCCGCUGGCGGUGCGGAAGUGGAGAUGGCGGAGCUGUACGUGAAGCCCGGCAACAAGGAACGCGGCUGGAACGACCCGCCACAAUUCUCCUACGGGCUACAGACUCAGACUGGCGGACCCAAACGCACUCCCCUUACUAAGAGGGUCGCGGCCCCACAGGAUGGAUCCCCUAGAGCCCCAGAAACUUCUGGACCGCCUCCAGUGGAUCAUCCACCUCCUUCAAGUAAGGCUUCCCGGCCUCCUCCCAUGGGGAGCUGUCCUGCCACUGGUGUGGAGCCCCCAAGUUCCCCAGUCAUUGAGUCUGAGACUCUGAUAGAAGAUGUGCUGAGACCUCUGGAACAGGCAUUGGAGGACUGCCGUGGUCACACGAAGAAGCAGGUAUGUGAUGAUAUCAGCCGACGCUUGGUGUUGCUUCAAGAACAGUGGGCUGGAGGGAAGUUGUCAAGACCUGUAAAGAAGAGGAUGGCACUGCUAGUGCAAGAACUUUUACAUCAUCAGUGGGACGCAGCAGAUGACAUUCAUCGAUCACUCAUGGUUGACCACGUGACUGAGGUCAGCCAGUGGAUGGUGGGAGUAAAAAGAUUAAUUGCAGAAAAGAGAAGUCUAUCUUCAGAGGAGGCCAAAGGAGAGAAAUCUACAGUGGCACCUGAGAACCAGACAAUACCAGGCUUCCAACAGUCACCAUAAUGCCCGUGGCUCCCCAGACUCACUUCAGAUGACUUCCUAUGCCUUAGUGUGGAAGGCGUCUUCUCACUUGGCUCCUAUUUACCACCAGGGAGACUAUUGGUCUUGUUAGGCUUGACCAAAGAUCCUAUCUAGGCCACUGCAAGAUCACUUGUUACUCAUAUGUAUAUUUCAAUAAACAUCUCAAUGGUGGGAAGUGGGUAGGAAAGGUGAACCAUUCUGAUGCCAGACUGGUUCUUUCUGAUGUCAGCUUCCCUGCUUCAUGGAUACUACUGCUUGUCCCAUUCAUCAAAAAGGACCUUGAUAGGGAUAGCCAGAUUGCUCCCGGCGCUUCUCAAAAUUAGACUGAACAGUGUAUUUAUAA